AUGAAGUACACUGUCGCCUCCCUUCUCAGCUCCGCAGCCCUGGUGGCUGCCCACGGCUACGUCGAGAACGCUACGAUCGGCGGCGAGGCCUACACCUUCUACCAGCCCUACCAGGACCCUUACUCCAGCCCUGCCCCCGACCGUGUCUCCCGUGCCAUCCAGGGCAACGGCCCCGUCGAGGACCUCACCAGCAUCGACAUCCAGUGCGGUGGCUACACCGCCGGUGGCGUUGAGGGCUCCAAGCCCGCCAAGCUCGAGGCCAAGGCUGCCGCCGGCUCCGAGGUCACCCUGAACUGGACUCUCUGGCCCGAGUCCCACGUCGGUCCUACCAUCACCUACAUGGCCAAGUGCCCCGACGCCGGCUGCACCGACUACCUCCCCGGCACCGAUGCCGUUUGGUUCAAGAUCCAGGAGAGUGGCCGUGAGGGCACCUCCAACACCUGGGGUGCUACUCCUCUCAUGAAGGCUGGCAACCCCGGUGUCACCUACACCAUCCCCGAGUGCAUUGAGGCCGGCCACUACCUCGUCCGCCACGAGAUCAUCGCCCUCCACUCUGCCUACUCCUACCCCGGUGCCCAGUUCUACCCGGGAUGCCACCAGAUCGAGGUCACCGGCUCCGGUAGCACCGCUCCCUCCAACCUCGUCGCCUUCCCCGGUGCCUACUCCAAGACCGACGCCGGCAUCGUCUACGACGCCUACAAGGCCCAGGAGUACACCGUUCCCGGCCCUGCCCUCUUCUCCUGCUCUGGCUCCGGCUCCGGCUCCGGUUCCGGCUCUGGCUCCGCCCCUGCUUCCUCUGCCGCCCCCGUCGCUACCUCCGCCGCCGCCUCCUCUGCUCCCGCCGCUACCUCCGCUCCGGCUGCCACCUCUGCCGCCGCCGCCACCACCUCUGCUGCUGCUGCCCCCAGCGCCACCUCUGUUGGUGCCGCCGAUGAGGAGGAGGACUGCCCCGUCGAGACUCCCACUGCCACUUCCGCCGCCGCUGUCACCCAGGCCGAUGUCAGCCCUACCCAGGCCGCCGACGAGGAGGACGACUGCCCUGCCGAGACCACCGCCGCCCCCGUUGUCUCUGCCACCCCCACCCCCACUCAGGCUGCUGACGACGAGGAGGACUGCCCUGCCGAGUCUACUGCCGCCCCUGUCGCCUCUGCCACCCCUACCCAGGCCGCCGAUGAGGAGGACGACUGCCCCGCUGAGUCCGAGGCCCCUGUUGCCUCUGCCACUCCCACCCAGGCUGCCGACGAUGAGGAGGACUGCCCCGUCGAGACCCCCGUUGCCAAGCGCAUGUCUUUCCACGAGCGCCGCUCUGCUUAG